GAGGCGGCCUGUGCUUACGUCAUAGCCCUCAUGGCGGUGUACUGGUGCACUGAGGUUUUGCCGCUGGCGGUGACGGCGCUGCUGCCGACCAUCCUGUUCCCCGUCCUCGGCAUCAUGGAGUCCAAAGACGUGUGUAUGGAGUACCUGAAGGACACCAACAUGCUGUUUGUGGGUGGUCUAAUGGUGGCCGUGGCCGUGGAGCACUGGAACCUCCACAAACGCAUCGCGCUCAGAGUGCUGCUGUUGGUUGGGGUCCGACCCGCCAU